AAAAAAAAUGAAUAACAAGAAAAGUAAUAAGAAGAAAAAAGAAAAGGUCUACCAUUUAGAUUUCAAAUUGAUUCCCAAGUCACACUUGGCACAAAGAGGCAAAAAAAAAAAUCCCCCUCUUUCUCCGGCUUGAAGGUUUUUUUUUUUUCUUCCUUUCUCUUCCCAUCCUUUCACAAAAAAAAAAAAUAUACAUCAUGACAGAUAAACUUCCACCUAAUCUGUUGAAAUUAUUCGCGCCUAGACCUCCAUUAAACCAUUUACCACCUCUAGAUAAAAAUCCUGAGAAACGUAUUGGUGCCAUUGUGACAGGGAUCGCUCAAUAUGUACCCGAACUACGCAACUAUGACUCUUCAUAUGUACCUUGGAAAACCGCGGAAGAAAAACGCAAAGAAAAGAUAGAACAACGAAAAAAGAAAGCUGAAGAACAAAUAGCUGAAGGCAUGGCAAAAUAUGAUCCUAACAACGAUCCCAAUAUUCAAGGAGAUCCAUUCCAUACCCUUUUUGUAUCACACUUGAGUUACAAACUGAAUGAAGAAGAUCUGACUCAAGAAUUUGAAAUAUAUGGUCCCAUCAAACAUCUACGACUGGUAAAAGGAAAAGACGGACAAUCUCGUGGAUAUGCUUUUAUUGAAUUUGAACGAGAAAAAGAUAUGAAAGCUGCAUAUAAAGAUGCUGAUGGAAUGAAAUUAUUUGGACGUCGAAUUCAAGUGGACGUAGAACGCGGUCGUACGGUAAAAAAUUGGAAACCUCGUCGACUUGGUGGUGGUCUUGGUAAUACUCGUGCAGAAAAGAAACCUGAUAGUGAAAGUAGUUCAAGCAGCCAUCAACAUAAUGAUAUACGUGGAUCAAGUCGUGACCGAUACAGCGAAGGGCGUUAUGAUCGUGGUAGUAGCCGAAGUGGUAAACGUUCAAGAGGUGAUAGCGAUCGAUAUGGCAGUAGCAGAGAUUAUGAUGAUCGAAGGCGAUCAAAAAGAUCCCGUAGUCGAAGUCCAAGAAAUCAUAGGGACAGAUAUAGUAGUGGGCGACGGGAAAGAUCAAGGGAUCGAGGUAGUAGAAGGGACAGAUAUAUGUAGUAUACAUAUAUAUAUAUAUAUAUAUUUAUUAAUCUCUUUGUAGACAUUCUUCUCUUUUAUAUAUAUAAAUAAAAAUAAAAAACAGUAUUU